AUAGUAAAGUGAAACGUUUAUUGGUUACACCUUCCUGAUUGACGAGCACUUUUCUUAGUAUUUCUUUCUUUUACCAGUUCGUGUAGACGGGUGGUUGUCUUGUUUAGUUUUAGCUGUAACGUAAUCUCUCUCAAUCUUCCAAAAUGAGAAUUUACAAAGAUCUUAUCACCAACGAUGAGAUGUUCUCUGACACCUAUAAAGUUAAACUUGUUGACGAAGUUUUAUAUGAAGUCUAUGGAAAGUUAAUCACACGAACUCAAGACGAUAUUCAACUAGCAGGUUCGAAUCCAUCAGCAGAAGGUGGCGAUGAAGGAUGUGAUUCAUCGACUCAGAGUGGAGUAGAUGUUGUUUUAAAUCAUCGACUCACUGAAUGCUUUGCAUUUGGUGACAAAAAAUCUUACACUCUUUACUUGAAGGAUUACAUGAAGAAAUUAAUAGAUCAUUUACAAAAAGAAAAACCAGAAGAAGUAGAAAAAUUCAAGACAAACACAACCAAAGUGAUGAAGGAUGUUUUGAGCCGAUUUAAGGAACUUCAAUUCUUUACUGGCGAAUCUAUGGACGUCGAUGGAAUGGUUGCCUUGAUGGAAUAUCGUGACAUUGACGGAGAAAGUGUGCCUGUACUCAUGUGCUUCAAACAUGGACUCAUUGAGGAGAAAUUCUAAGAAAAUUUUAGAUAAUGAACUAAUUUAAUGAAUGAAACAAAUUUUAUAAUAAACCGGAAUGAAGGAAUUGUACAGAAAAAAAAACCGGAAAUAUGGGGAUUUUAUGCAUAAAAAUUUUGCAGGGAAAAAUAAUAGCCGCUUCCAAUGAUUCUCGUGCACGAUUUAUUUAUUUUAUGAAAUGAGAAAAAAAAAAUUAUUUGCAAUUGACUCUCGAUUUUUUGUUUUAACGAGAAGCAAUGUUGUAUAUAUAUAUAUAUUUAGAAAAA